CCAAGAUGCCAAUUCUGCUGAAGCUGCUUUUUAAUUCCUCUAAUGAUCGAGACCCGACUGCGCAUUGGGUGAGUUAAGCUGUUGCAGUGGUGGACAUACGAAACGAGUUCAGCAUCUGAUUCCAACCUUGCAAUAGUUUGGCUGGCGUUGGUCAUCCCAAGCAAAAAGCUCAAUUAGCAUCCUUUGAUAAUGGAUGAGUAGUUGAUUGAGUGAAACAGUCCGAGGCGCCAGCAAGCGACAUCUGACAUAUAUAUGAUUAUGUCCGCGCGGGGAAAACCCGCACUAGAACAAAAUCAAAAAACACAAGCAAGCAAGACACAAAAAGGAAACAAAGAAAGAAGAAGAAUAUAAAGAAAAAUAAAAAUGUCUUUCACUGGAACUUUGGAUAAAUGCAAGGCUUGUGACAAGACUGUCCAUGUGGUGGACAUGAUGACCCUUGAAGGUACUCCUUACCAUAAAUCGUGCUUCAAGUGCAGCCACUGCAAGGGAUUUCUUUCGAUGAGCAGCUACUCCUGGAUGGAUGGCGUCCUCUACUGCAAACCCCAUUUUGAGCAGCUUUUCAAGGAAUCUGGCAAUUUCAGCAAGAACUUUCAGUCAGCAAGGUCCGUUGAGAAGAAUGAUCUGUCCAGAACUUCAAGCAAGCUGUCUUCCAUGUUCAGUGGGACCCAGGACAAGUGCUCCGUGUGUGGAAAGACAGUGUAUCCUCUGGAGAAGAUGACGCUGGAAGGAGAGUGCUUCCACAAGUCGUGCUUCAGGUGUGCUCAUGCGGGGUGCCCUCUGACCCAUUCGUCCUACGCCGCCCUGGACGGCGUCCUGUAUUGCAGGCACCACUUUGCUCAGCUAUUCAUGGAGAAAGGAAAUUACAACCAUGUCCUCCAAGCUGCCGCCCACAAGCGCAGUGCCAGCUCUGGCACUCCUCCUCCUGAACCUGCCACUGAAGACGAUGCCCCUAGCCCUCAUCACGAGGACGACAAGAAGGACGACCCCAAAGAUGACCCUGAAGAAGAACAGCAUCACUCUUAGAUCCUUCCCCAAAACACUCCUUAUACGUAUAUGCUUUUUUUCGCUUCUUCUUCUUGUUUUUUUUUUUUUUUUUUGGUGGCCGACUGGUCUCGUUCCUUUCUUCCGUUUUUGGUUCUGUUUCCAGUUUCUCAUUCGCCGUCUCACAUUUUUGGUCACCAUGUUUCUGAGGUGAAUCCUCUAUUCAAACAAAAAAUUCAGCAAUAACUAUUCUUUCAUUCUUAUCA